AUGCCUGGGGUGUUCAUUGUCAAUGGCUCUAUAUCGGCGUCAAAGAAAGACAAGGUGCCAAGAUCCGGUCACGUGAAUACCAAUCCGUCAUCCUCCUUUGACCACAGGAUCGUCUCCAUCAUCACCCUCCUUCACCACAGCCACCCAUCAGCCACCCAAUUUCCACUGCCUAUCGGACUCAUCUUAGUCCCCUGGAAUGCAAAUGAUCUAGGUCGGCCGCUGAACGACCUGCUCGUCCGCUUGAGCAACCGUCGAUCGUCGACCGGGACCCCCUCUCCAAACACUGGUAUCGAAGUUUGCGCUUUGGGUCCAGAGCCGCUCUGCAUCUUUCCAAGCAAGACCUCCUUCGCCUUCCUCGCCCGCCGCCGGUUCUCUGAAAGAGAACCAUCGGCUGCCCAUUUCUUCGGAUCAUAUCCCUCAGACUCCGACCUCCCCUCCGUUGAUGUCGGCGACGGUCCACCCUCCGAACGUAUCCUCCCCUCCAUCCUCUGCGCCGAUGUCUACCCAAGCCUCUCAGCAACAACCAAUGAGCUCAACCAACUCAUUUCCUACGCCUGCAAGCAGCGUUAA